GCGCACUUUUCUCGAACACACAAAUUGUAUCAGAAUAAUGGAUGUUGACAUAGACGAUAGCGAGGCAAUAGCCCAACGUCGGCUGCUGCGGCAAGAUUACCGCAAUCUACUGACCAGUGCAACUGCGCGCAAGAAAGAGUACCUUGAAGGUAAUACGGACCUUCUACUGCAGGACCUGGAGCGGGCCAAUAUGCUAUUCGGCACAGUCAACAGCACCAGCGAGGGCGUCCUGGACUCGCAAUUCCUGAUCCUGUCUGCUGACAUCAGCGCGCAGAAGGCACAUCAAAUGCGCAUCGACAGCGCCGCAUUCGACUCGCUCGAGUAUGUCGAAAAACUGCGCGAGACAUUGUACGGCACCGACGCUGACAUGCAGCAGAUGACCGGCAAGCAGCCAGAUUGGGCGAAACUAGGCGAGGUUGCUGCCAAGUUCACACGCAAAGCCCCGCGGUUCAGCUAUAUUUACGGGCCGCUGAUGGCUGAGGUUAAGCACAGGAAGCGCACAGUGCAGCAGCGCGGGCGUCGAAAUGGGCGGGCCGACCAGUCACAGGUGGCGAGCAUUGAAACUAUGGAGGCCGGAGACAUCAAGAAGCAGGAGAACCAGACGACAAAGCUGGUGCGCAAGGUGCACAAGAUCUUGACCGAGGUUGGGCCCAUUAAUCUGUUCAAGCUGGUCAUCAACCCACAGUCGUUUGCGCAGUCAGUGGAGAACAUAUUCUAUGUGUCGUUUCUUAUUCGCGACGGCAAGGCCUUUAUCGACGACCAGUCGGGCCAGCCCAUGAUAGAGGCGUGCGAGCCGCCACAGCAGAACGACUAUGAGCAGGGGCUUUCCAAGCGGCAGCUGAUCUUUAGCCUGGAGUAUGCGUCGUGGAAGGAGAUUAUUGAGGUGUACAAAAUCGUCAACUGCGCCAUUCCAUCUCGCAAGACCAAGAUCGGUCCCGACGGGAUGUCUCAGAUUUCGUCGCAGGUUCCUCUGUGAAAGCCAGUGGCCCGAUGCUGUCAUUAGCUGUUGAAUAAAUGUUUGCUAGUAAAC